GCUCGACUUAUGAACGCUUUGCUGGUUGCGCGAGUUCACCGUGUAACGCUCGACGGUCGUUUCCUCAAGCGAAAUUUGCUCAAGACGAGUCUUGGCGUCAGCAGCGAGCAAAAACGACUCCAACGAACGAGUCGAUCCGAGCAAAAUACGCUCAAUGAGCAAUAACUGCGCGGUAAGAGCCAAUGGCGCCAUUCAGGUCGCCAUUCUCGCACCGUGGAUGCUCGGACACCUCUUGCGGCGGAUAAGUGCGAUCUGACGACGGUCCAGGGUGGCAACGUUCAGUACGUUAUUCCUUCCCAUGUCUCGCGAAGGCGACGCUAGUCAUUCGCAGUCAUUCACCGACCUCAGCACGCCAUGCCGAACCAAUUUUGGCAUUGCAGGUCGUUCGCAAGGGUCGAUGAGCGAUGUCCACCUUGAUAAUCGGUGGUCCCUGACCCUAAUUGAGCGAAGAAAGCGCUGUUGUUGUCCCGAAUCACGCUUGUUCUUGGCGGCAUUGUCUUAGCGCCUUUUAGCGUACUAUCCUGUGAUGCAGCAGUCAAGAACAUUGUCGAAAAGAAUGUUGGCAGCUUUUGGAUGUCAAAAGGCUGUGGCCCAUGGUGCUCGCGAGGCCCGCAGAGAGAGCGAUGUUCUGUUGGUGACGACCAUGCGCUUUGACGAUGCUUGCUGCGGACGCGUCGCAAAAGCGCGCUAGUGUAAGUCGCAUUGCGCGCAGCGAUGGCGUUAUAAGUCCGCUUUCGGAUAUUCAUCAUCAGCCAGCUCUUGGCCUUUUGGAGGCCACUUGAGCUCGCCCAUCAGCUGUGUGCGCGAUUUUUGCCUCCCACAGACUGCUUCACCCCGCACAUCUAGCAGCUUGAGAAAUAUUCCACGAACGCUAAUGGGUCCCCCUGCAUGCGUUCAUCUGAUCAACCUUGCUGUGGUAGAUCAAUUCGCUCCAACUCGCCCGGGUCUGCGAGCUGAGUCACAGACCGUCGUGGCCUCAGA